UCCCCGAGAUGAGAGAGCUGACAGCUCCUGGCCUCUGCGGCUCCCCCAGCGGGCGCGCCCGAUCUUCCGCGCCCCGCCUGCCCCGGGAUCAAAGAUGAUGAUUCCAUCUGGAGAGUGUACAUAUGCCGGUAGAAAGAGAAAGAAACCCAUUCAGAAGCGGAGGCUUACCAUGGGGGCUGAGAAAUCAAAUCCUUCCAAACGGCACCGGGACCGCCUCAACACAGAGCUGGACCACCUGGCCAGCCUGCUACCAUUUCCACCUGACAUCAUCUCCAAGCUGGACAAGCUUUCGGUCCUGCGCCUCAGCGUUAGUUACCUCAGGGUGAAGAGCUUCUUCCAAGGGGAUGCAUCGGAGAUUCCAGCUGUCCAGGAGGACAGUCCAGCUUGCUGCCGGGAGGUUCUGGCCUUGCAGGAGACAUGUGUAUGGCCAUCUCCGCCUCUGCCACCUGAAGACCACUCACACAGAGGGUUCCCUGUGCAGGAGGGACGGCUGCUGCUGGAGUCUCUCAAUGGCUUUGCUCUGGUGGUGAGUGCAGAAGGGAUGAUCUUUUAUGCAUCGGCAACAAUUGUGGACUAUCUGGGCUUCCAUCAGACAGACGUAAUGCACCAAAACAUCUAUGACUACAUCCAUGUGGAUGACCGACAGGACUUCUGCAGACAGCUACACUGGGCCAUGGACCCUCCACAGGUGGUGUUUGGACAGUCCCCACGUGCCGACACAGACAACACCAUCCUUGGGAAGUUGCUCAGGGCCCAGGAACGGGGCAAAGGCUUGCCCUCAGAAUACUCGGCCUUCCUGACACGCUGCUUCAUCUGUCGUGUUCGAUGCUUGCUGGACAGCACCUCUGGCUUUCUGACUAUGCAGUUCCAAGGAAAACUAAAAUUCCUGUUUGGCCAGAAGAAGAAGGCACCAUCAGGAACAGCCCUGCCCCCUCGGCUCUCCUUGUUUUGCAUUGUGGUGCCGGUCCUGCCUUCUGUGGCUGAGAUGAAAGCGAAAAGUGCCUUCCUGAGGGCGAAGCACAGGGCAGACAUUGUGGUCACCGUGGACUCAAGGGCAAAAGCUGUUACAAGUCUGUGUGAAUCAGAAUUGCAUCCCAAACCCAGUUACUUAGCAGGAAGGAGCAACGGAGAAAAUGGCAUUUCACUGUUCAGGGGACAAACAGAUAAGAGCCACUGGGCCCGGGCCCUAGCCAGGCCUUCAUGUCUGUGCCUCAGGGGUGGUCCUGACCUCCUCCUGAACCCCAAGGAGGCUUCAGGGGACAGAGAAGAAGAGGACCAGAAGCAUGUACCAAGGAGAUCUACUGGUGCCCGGGGUCAGAGGGAGAUGCACAAGUACAAUUAUGGCUUGGAAACACCAGUACACUUGAGGCACCUGAACUGGAGCACAGAACAGAGAGGUCAGGAGGUCACUACCAAGCUGACUCGGCAGUCCAGUAAAAAUGAGCCAUCCGCAUGUCCAAUACCCCAUGGUUCCUGUAUGCCCUACCAUGGAAGCCAGGGCAUGUUCAGUGCCAGCAAUAUGACUUCUUUCAAAGAUUUACCAGAUCAUCCCACUGGUGCCUACUGCAGCCAAAUGAACAGACCUUUGCAAGAUAUCCACCAGGGCCAGGUACAUCCUUCUACCUGUCAUAUCCCUCAGGGCAGCCUGGGAUCCAGGAUCCCUCUGCCUGGAAUGCAGCGCUUCACAGCCAGGGGAUUUUCUACAGAGGAUGCAAAAUUGUCCAGCCUGCCAGUCACCAUAGACACCCCAUGUAAUCCAGUAUUGUCACUGGAAGUACCAAUCAAGAUGGAAAAUGAAUCUGGGUCCCAGGAUAUAGUUGAUGCCAGCACAACUAGUCGGGUAUGGCUGGGAGCUAGUGACAUGGCCAGGAGACAUCUGGUCAGUUUCCCUGCCAGGAUGCACCUGAAAACAGAGCCCGACUAUAGGCAACAGGUCUGUACCCCACACCUUGGGCAUGGUAUGCUGGUAGCUAAUACCCACAGCAGAGACACUGUUGGAUCCUGCAGGGAGCAAGCUCCUCUCCAUCCUGCACAUUGCACCUGCCUGGAUCCAGAACCUCCUCAUCACCUCUUCAUGCGGGGCCACAGUGAGAACCAGCAUCCCUCAUUGGACCAAGACUGCAGAGCUCCAAUUGUUAAGAGUGAGCCCCUGGAUUCAGCAUCAUGGGUUGGUCCUGGCCAGGUGGCUGUGCCUAGGAUGUUCCCUAAGAGUACCUCUAUAAGUGUGAUCCCACCCAAAGGCUCCGAUGGGAUUUUCCUACCCUAGAGCUGCUUCUCUACUGGAAAUCUCAGUCCCUGGAUGAUGGGAUAUGAUCAGAGAUUCUUCUAGAAACACUCUUUACAGAACUCAAUGAAUGAGGAUGAGAUUUCCUGUGUGUAGCUGAGCAGUAGAGCAUCCUGAAUGAUGUAAUACAUCAGGGGAUUCUCAUGCAUAAACCCAAGUCUGUUCAGGUGGACAGUAUUUCUCUUUGAAAUUAAAGCGUUUAGGAAAGUAGUCUAUAGUAUUCAAUGCUGGGCAAACCCAACUGAUGUGUCAAAGUGAUGUGUCCCUGGUGGCCAAUCUUGCUACAUCUCCUGUCUGUAUGCAACAGGAGUUCUGAGGCUUCUGAGGAGAUCUGAAGCCACACUUUGCACAGUGAUAGUCAGGGAAACAUCCCAUCCCAUCUGGUAUUUUCUGUGGAUUUCUGAAUAUGGUUAUGUACCCGUGUCCCUGUGCACAACACAUGGUGGAGGUUAUAGUGUCCAGGCAAGGAACCAGGGAAACACAGCAUACAGAGAAGGGUGAAUCCAUACUGUUGAGGAGGCAUUGUCUCUGCCUGUUGUCUGCAUGACUUUCAGGUAAGAGCAACAGUUCCUAGCAUAGGGAGACUUAGGGGCAAGAGGGCAGCCAGUGUUUGUUUUGAAUUGUAAAGGCAAUGCACUCUGAUUUUGGGAAAUGUGGAUAUUAAAUACAAAGCAGAAAGGAAGGGUUACCACGAACCAUUGGUGAAAUGGCUUAUGGCAGGUGGAGCAGUUGCGAGUGUUACCGGAAAGGGCUGAGACCACAAAUCCUGCUCCAUUAGCAUAGAGUCCUCUGAACAGGAAAAAACCUGCUGUGUGGUACAUAUAGUCUUCCUUGGGGAUGAGCAUCUGCCUCUGAUGUUACUUUCCCUGAGGUCCUAGGAAUGCUUGCUAAGGAGCUUUCGGGAGCCCAUAGCUAAUUCUGCUAGGUAGGCUCUCCAAUACAGAUUUUCUGUCCUUUAUCUAUGGUCCUAGGAUAUCAUUGCCAGUCACUGUCUUAGUGGAGAAGGUGUCUGGAAAAUACUAUUGCCUUGUUAGAAUCAGGUUGGGUGGGCAGGACCAGGUCCUCUGCUCUGCUCUUGAACUGUCUGACUCUCAAGGGACAGGGAUACGAGUGAAGAUCUAGAACUGAGACUACCUGCUCUGGGAGCCUGGGGAUUUGUGUUCUCUCUGUUUCUCAGUCCACAGAGGCUUUUCAAAGGGGGGCAAGACAGGAGCUGUGCUGUCAUGGAUGUGAGGCAUACUCAUACCUUCUCUCCAUCACCUAAAACCUGAAGUCAGAAUGGUAUCUCAGCUUUGCACCCUGCGCCCAGCCACCCGUCUCCUUCCUUUCUUUCGAUUGUCCCAGUCCCACUUUACACAUUUCUGUCGGGCAUAGCUCACCCUGUGGGUAUUAAUGAAUAGCAACAGGUAGAAUCUGAGUCUUCCUCAACACUUCCUGUUCUAACCACAUGCCCAGCUCCCAAGGACAGGACAUGCUCAAACCACCCAUGUGUCUGACACUCUAGUAUGUCUCUCUGAAAGUAAUUAGCUAUGUUCCUAUCCUCAGCCAGACUCAGCAUCCUAUAUGCUUUCUAUGCAAGGGUCAGAGAACACAUUAGACUGUCGUGCUCCAGUGUAUACAACAUUUCCCAAGCAUCCUGGAGCCAGUAGAAUAAACCUGAGAAAAGAGAUCAAAAAGAGGGAAUUCAGAGAUAUAUUUAAGCAUAGUGGUGUGUACUACUCAAGUGGAAGAUCAGCAGUCCAAGCCUACAUGAGACCCUUCUCAAGUAAAAUAAAAUAAAUGCAUUAUUACAUACUUGCCAUUUUAGGUAGAUUCCCAUACCUUGCUAUGUCACCAGAGAGGAGCCAUGCCCCCCACUGCUGAAGCCUGUAUGUCCUCUGCUCAGGUACUCUGAACCUUUCAGAUGUACCUCACCUGUACCUAUGCUGGGAUGAAUUACCAAGUGAGGAGUGGAGUGUGGGCAGCUCAACAGGUCAGGCUUUAUGUACACUGAGCUCUGCACUAGGAUGUCAGUUCUACAGAUUUUGUGUGUGGGAGACACCACACAACAUGGCAAGCUUGGCUCCCUGGUGCCAGCACUGUCCAUGGAAGCUCAAAUCCUCCACAUCUGCACUUACUGCUUCUCAUUCAUCACAAAUCCCCAGUCAACUUGCACAGAAGGUGCACCAUUGGGGAAUGUUCUUCUGUGUAUAUUUUCAUCUUAUUGGUCGAUGAAUAAAACACUGACUGAUUGGUCAGGCAGGAUGAUAAGUAGGAUAGUAGACAAGGAGGAUUCUGGGAAGUAUAGGCAGAGAGGAGUCGGCAUGUGAUUCCAGGAAGUGACAUAGUUGGGCAGAAUCAGGAUAUAAGCAGGCACAAAUAGGAAAUUGUACUCUUCUCAGCGGAGACGUUGAGCCAUCAUCGAGUUGCAGGUCUGGUAAGCCAAACCAUGUAGAAUUAUGUAUAGUUAUGGGUUAAUAAUUGAGUCAAAGCUAGCCCACAGGAACUCAUAGCUAACGGCCAGCAGUACUAUAAUUAAUAUAAGUCUCUCUGUGUUAUUUGGGGCUGACAUGGCUUUGGGACCGGGCUGGUGGGAAGAAUUCACGUUACAGUGCACAGAGGUUACUCCUGCUUUAGGACUUCACCAUCCACACUAACUACAGGCUCACACUUUUGUGAUAUCUAGCUUUUGCCUAUAUGGCUAAAAAAUAUCAAAUAUAAUGAGAGAUGGGCUAAGAGGGAAUAAAUAUAAAGUGUCCUUUAUAUUUAUAGUUUCUACUAGAAAAAAGUCCUCAAGAUCUAGACUGGCCCAACAAACUUUAUAGAUACACUACAAUGCAGCUUUCUGUGCUGUUUUCUCAAUGCUUUGUUUUGACAGAGAAUCUAAAUGCAUUUUUCAUACUGUGGUCUGUACUAAAUUUGUAAAACUUGUGUAAAAUAAACCUCAUGUUUCCAUGUA